GUACGCAUGUUGGCUGCCUCUUGGUUUGGCAGCUGUUUGAGUGCCACCAUGUACACAGCCAGCACCUUCUCUCUAUCCUUCUGUGGCCCCAACACUGUCCACCAGUUCUUCUGCGAUGGUCCCCAGUUGCUAAGACUUGCAUGUUCCACUGACCAUGUCCCAGAAGAUGUGAGUUUAGCCAUCAGUGUCUGCUUAGUUUUCAUUUGCUUUGUGCUCAUCGUGGGCUCCUACGCCCGCAUCUUCACAGCAGUGCUGAGGAUGCCGUCGGCAGAGGGCCGCUCUAAAGCCUUCUCCACCUGUCUGCCCCACCUGGUUGUUGUCACUCUGUUCAUCACGUCUGGGUUCUCUGCCUACCUAAAGCCAAUAUCAGACUCUUCCUCUGCACUGGACCUGCUGGUGUCUGUGUUCUAUGCUUUGGUCCCUCCUACCCUUAAUCCCCUCAUCUACACAUGA